CAUGACAUCUUCUCUACUGUCGUCGCAUCUGGAUCAAAUAUCCCUCUGUGCCUCGUCCAUUUCCGACCUCCCAUUUUCGCGACCCAAACAAUUCACCAAUGCCCUUCUGACCCACCACGACAUCACCGCCCUGAUCAGAGAUACCGAACAACACGAACGCGCCCUCUUCUCUAUUGCUCCUCCUCCGGUUCCUUCCAAGUCGCAGAUCCAGCAAAUAUCUUCGACCUUUACGACUUCUGCCUCUCGAUCAAUUACCGCAUCAAACACUCAAAGGCCUCCUCGUCGCCAUACCGCUGUCGCUGCAGUCCUGGGUGGUGAUUUGUAUCGCAAGACUAGGACUGGACAUAGCGGCAAACAAUCCAAGGGCGAUAUCGAUGUCGAGCUUUUGUUGCGAGGUGCAGAGAAGCUUUGUAGAGUCUAUCCUAUCCCGGGUGCCUUCGACAGAAUUGGCGAAUUAAGAAACCGAUAUGCCCAACUGAGCGCCAACAUUGCUCAUUACGAAGAACGAGUCGCAAUGCAAUCUGCCCAACUGGAUAAUUUGCAUCAGAACCACGAUGAUUACGAUCAAGACGACUAUGACUACCAAGAUGACCACUUCGAACCUACAGUCCAUAUGACCAAAGAUGAUAUUGUGAACGAAGAAGAUGAAAUUCGUGCUCUCGAGGACAAGAAAAGGGCACUCCAGUCAAGAGUCAGCAGUAUGGAAAGAGACAUUGAAGGCCUGGCAAGA